AUGACCGACCACACCUACACAUCCACCGUUGUACUUCGCAAGCGCAAAAGGCAAGCAGAGCCGCUUGCCAUCCUUCGUGUAUCCUCAUCUCCGUCCCCCGGCUACGAUCCCUCGCAGUCAGAGUCGGAAUACGAGCCUGAUACUCAGCAUGAGCCAAUUGCUGGCCCAUCAAAGCAUCAGAGAGAGGUCAGCCCGAGGAGAAGACCGUACCAGUGCCCUCAUCCAGGAUGCGACAAGUCUUAUACCAAGCCAUCACGACUAGCUGAGCAUGAAAGGUCACACACAGGAGAUCGCCCCUUUAUAUGCUCCUCUUGCAGCAAGACCUACUUCCGAGAAAGUCACUUGCAGGCCCAUGCCCGCUCACAUCUCCCUGAUUCCGCAAAACCAUUCGUGUGCGGGGAACAUAAUUGUGGCAAGCGAUUUUGGACCACUCAGCAUCUCCACGUCCAUGAAGGCACUCACAAGGGUGAGAAGCCGUUCCAGUGUAGUGAACCUUCGUGUGAUGCGUCGUUCGCAAAGCAGUUCCAACUGCGGGCGCACAUAUGCACAGUGCAUUGUCCCGCAGGAACUAAACUGUAUCGGUGUGAGAAUAGUGAAUGCACAAAAUCGUUUGCUACCAGCCAAAAGCUGCGCGCACACAUGAAGACUCACGACGAUAAACGUUACACAUGUGCUCAUCAGUCGUGCCUACCUGCACCUGGUGUCCCGCCUACUUACUUCCCUACAUGGACUGCCCUCCAGCACCAUAUGCGCACAGCGCAUCCUCCCACCUGUCCUUAUGCUUCGUGCAGCGGAAGGACAUUCACAGCGCAAAAGGGUCUCCGCGCACACCUUAAAAUACACGCUGAGCGUGAGCUCGAGGCAGAGUUAGAAGACGCCGUAGGCGAGUCUGCUGACGAGGCUGACGAGAAACCGCGCAAACGCCGCAGGGGCGGGGAAAUCGGCCGCGAUUGGGUCUGCGAGGAAACUGGUUGCGGCAAGGAUUUCAAGUCGAAAAAGGCGCUGAAUACGCAUCUGAGGGUAGCUCACCUUGGCCGUCGAGACUUCGUCUGUCCACAGUUGAGCUGCGCACGCACGUUUGGCUACAAGCAUCUCUUGCAGCGGCACGCAGCCAAGGCGCACCCUGUAGACCCGCCUAAUAGCGAUGGUCCUGAUGAGUCCGACGGAUCAGAAGACGAAUCGUCUGAUGCCGACUCCGACGAUCAACCAGCUUUCAGUAUCGACCUCAUUACUGGCAACGCGUACUCAGCCCGCUCGCAAGCACAACUGAUCACCACGAAGAAGCUCCAGUGCCCAUUCCCCAAUCUGCCUGCUAUGCUGGCCGCUGAGCUAGCUGCUACACAUUCAAGGUCUUCUGGUAAUCAAGUUGCAAAAUGCUCCUAUGUGUUCAGCCGAGCAUACGACUUCCGGCGCCAUCUGCUAUCGGAACACGGUCUAGAAGUCGAGAAAGAGAGGACUGACCAGUGGGUACGACAUGUCAAGGAGGCGAAAGCCAUUGGCGGCAGUGACCCCUAG